GCGCAGGGAAGAAGAGGCGGGGAACGUAACAGACAGUUGAGUUUGUUGGGUUUGGUUGGCGAAGAGAGGCCGGCGAGCGCUUCAACGGCCUGAAAACCCCUCUAAUCACAGUCUUCGUCUUCUUCUUCUUAUUUCUCUGUCCCUCUCUCUCUCCUUUUCUUUCUCUCUCUCUCUCCCCCUAGAUCUCGGUCUCCCCCACAAAAUGACUUCAUUCAUUUCAUCCUUCUCUGUCUCUGUCUCUAUCUAGGGGUUCGAAGUUGGGGCUUGAGUUUGAGUCAGUCCCCUUUGCUCUAAUUAGGGUUUUUUUAAUGCUCAUUCUUGGUGGAGUCCCUCUCGUUCUUGCUUCUUGUAAUCGGAAAACGGGAGACGACGGAGCUCUGUGGAUUUGAUCAGGUCUUCUGAAGAAGAUCUGAAGCUUUUUUUUUUUUUUUUUUUUUAUCUGUUAUUUUUUUUUUCGAGAAGUGAAACAAAGAGGAGAAAUGAGCGCCUCGAGGUUCAUAAAGUGCGUUACGGUGGGGGACGGUGCCGUCGGCAAAACCUGUCUUCUCAUAUCUUACACCAGCAAUACUUUCCCCACUGAUUAUGUUCCCACUGUGUUUGACAAUUUUAGUGCAAAUGUGGUCGUCAAUGGGAGUACCGUGAACCUUGGAUUGUGGGAUACUGCUGGGCAGGAGGAUUACAAUAGAUUAAGACCAUUGAGUUAUCGCGGGGCAGAUGUUUUCAUCCUGGCAUUCUCUCUCAUUAGCAAGGCCAGUUAUGAAAAUGUUUCCAAAAAAUGGAUUCCCGAGUUGAAGCAUUAUGCUCCUGACGUCCCUAUAGUUCUUGUUGGAACAAAACUUGAUCUUCGCGAUGACCAGCAAUUCUUUAUAGACCACCCUGGUGCUGUGCCGAUUACAAGUGUUCAGGGGGAGGAGUUAAGGAAGCAGAUUGGAGCACCUGAUUAUCUUGAAUGCAGUUCAAAAACACAGCAGAAUGUCAAAGCUGUCUUUGAUGCUGCCAUCAAAGUUGUGCUCCAGCCACCUAACAAGAAGAAGAAGAAAGGAAAGACACAAAAGGCCUGCUCCAUAUUGUGAGCGGUUAAGGAAGCAACAAGAGGUCGUGGUAUGCAAUCUCCAUUGACGAUACUGGUGAUUCAUUUCAAACUAUGAGGUGGAAGUUUUAUUGCAUAUUGUCGCAUUCCCUGUUUGUAUAGGCCCAUUAUGUUAUGCCCACCUCGUUCUUCACACCCGGUUUUGUUAUCUCCGCUGUAUUUGAUUUACCGGAAGAUCCCAGUGGUGAGAACUAGUUUUGCAUUUCAGAUAUGCAGUUAUAUUCUUUAUUCCGAAUCUCAAUCUAAAUCUUCAUUAUAGUAAGUUGGCUUAAGACAAUGCUAGUUUAGGUGCAUGCCUGACAUGUCCUGAUCUAUGAAUGUUGCAUUCAAUAACGUAGGAGAAUGCUGCCCGUGUCAGCUCCCCUAGCCAAAGAUUUAGGCUUCAGAAUGAAUCUUCUGCAAGCCAAGUUUCCUUUGGAGUCUCUGCUGCAUUUCUUACCAAUUUUUCCAUGGGUGUCGAGUGUUUUGUAAGGGAAACUUCUCUGUUUCUUUAUUUUGUGGAUCCAUGAUUUCGUAGGGUUUGGCCCUUUAGGCCAAUGGAAAAAGAACACCUACCAAAUGAUGGUAUGGAGCUCUCAUACCACCUUUUGUUACAAUAAAAUGACCUCUGUUGGAUAACAUACAGAGAUGAAUU